AUCGUGUCUAUCAGACCUACUCUGUUACAUUUAGUAGUUGGACCUGCUGGCCACCUGAGCCAGAGUCCUUGGUGUGUGGAGCCUUUCCUUACGCAGAGACUAUGUUGGGCGCGAACUAUGUUACGACUAUAGCUUGCUUACAUUAUACUUAUGUGUACGCAUGAUAGGGCCUAGAAAACAAGCCACUCGAAGCCGCUGAGCAAUUUGACCGUCGGAAUCCUAAGCUACACCUCCUCCCAUAUCUUGCAAUGAGCUCCUAGCAAUAUUCUCUACCAGUGGACCUGCAGCCGAGGCGUUGAGACCUCGGUGAGGGCACCACCAUGAGCCGAAAGAGGAGCGAGUUGUCGGACGCCAUCCUGUGGCGACGUGAGCGACCUGGGACAUGCGACCUCGCAUCCUCUGGGCGCCGUCGGGGGGUCGGCACCCAGGGCGACGUCCAGGGCGCCGGUCGCCCCGCCACGGCGCUGGGCUGGGGCGAGGCCUCGUCAACGGGGCGCUCGCUAGGCCGUCCCUGGACCGCGGAGCACAUUCCGGCGGCCCCUGCCUUUCGGAACGGCUCUGCUGGCGCCAACCGGCCCCCACCCAGUGCUCAGGCCUCCCACGCGUCACUGGCCAGCCGCGGCAGCAGCCUUCCGCCGCUGCCGCGCGGCGCGGUCACCACCGCCUGGCUCGCAGCCCCAUCCACCGCGCGCUCCGGCGCCGCCUCCGCCCCGCUCACAACGCUGAGCUACGUGCCAGGCACCGACCCCGCGCCCGCCGAGCUCCUCGGCGACUUCCAAGAGGCGCUUUACCAGAACUGCCACCCGCAGCAGACCACCAGCCGCCUGCUGCGCCUGGGGGCCGGCACCCCUGGGCCCGGCACCGGCACGGGCCGCUUCACGCGCCGCGCGCAGAGCCCGAACCUAGCAGCCGGCGCGUCUAGCAUGGGCGUAGGCGCGCCCUCCGGCCGCGGUGGUAGCCCAGUAGCCGGCGGCGGCGGCGGCGGUGGCGGCGGGGCGCUGAGCGGCGGCACCAACCCGGCCGCACACGUCCGCGCCCAUAGCACCCCGAACGGCCAGGGCAUUCCCUUGCCGGGCACUGGUCACGUGGGAGGUGGCGGCGGUGGUGGUGGCGGCGGAGCCGCCACGGCACGCGCGGCAUCGCCCGGGCUCCGCACCAUGUCGCCGCCGCCACUGCCGCCGCCGCCGCCACUCAACCCGGCCGCCCUGGCCGCCGCGUUCCCGGGCGUGCCCGGCGGCGCGAUGGAUACCACGGGUCUGAACCUGGACGGCGGCAGCGGCCGCACACCGGAGGCGGUGGCGGCGGUCAGCGGCCGAGUGCAGGCGGCGUGGAGCGCGAUGGGACCCAGCCCCUCCUCAUUGGCGGGGCCCCCGCAGGGGCGGGCGGGGCAGGGCGGCGCCGGCGGUGGCUGGGGUGCGGGUGUGGGUGUGGGUGCGGCGGGCGAGGUGGGUGGUGGCGGCGGGCGGCCCGGAGGCGCGGCUCCGGGUCAUGGCACCGGGCGACACGGCGGCGGCGGCGGCGGCGGUGGAGGAGGGCGGGAGCAGGGCGCCAUGCUGGAGGACGCGCGGCGGCUGGCGGCGCAGGCGGCAGAGGUGCUGUACGGCAGUGAGACGGAGGUGUCCGCCUCCGACCGCGCCGCGGCGGCACUGGCUCUUCAGCAGCUGGAGGCGCUGCUGGGUCGCAAGGAGGUGUCGGCGGCGGCGCUGGGGCAGGCGGCUCGCAGCCUCAAGACAGACGUGGGCCGGGAGCUGCACUUCAGCGAGAAGCAGAUGUCGUUCGCUGCAGCUCAGAUCAAGGUCCUGGACCGGCAGCAGGAGCGCCUGCGCCAGCACUACAACCCGCGACUGCUGCAGGCGCCACACCCGCCGCCGCUGCCGUUGCCCGACCCCACCGCCGCCGCCACCGUCCAGCCCGACGAUUUGCAGGGCUUGGCGGCGGCUGGAGGCGGCGGCGGCAGCGGCCGCGGCGACGGGUCGGUUGAGGAGGGGCCGGAGAGUCCCACGAUGCGAUAUGGGGUUAUGGGGGGAGGCGGUCAGCAGGCGGUGCCAGGGGUGGGCGGCAUGCUCGAUGGCGGCGGCAGCGCCGGCAACUGGUGGGGCGGCGGCGGCGGCGGCGGCUACGGAGGGCAGGGAAUGGAGCCGGAAGCCAGCAAGGCGGGUGGUAAUGCGGGUGGCGGCGGCGGCGGCGGCAGCUUUGUGUCGUUCGGCAUUGGCGGCGGCGGCGGCGGUAGCGGCUGCAGCACAGACCGCUGGAACCUGGCGGACGCGAUGGAGCGGACGCUGCAGCUGCGGGCGCUGUCGCGGGCGGAGGCGGCGCUGGCGGGCGUGGCGGCGGCGCGGGCGGAGGCGGAGCGGCCCCGGAGCAGCGGCGCGGGGGAGGGCCCUGGCGGCCUGGACGUGGAGGAGCUGAGGCUGUUGAAGCACAUGCCGGGGGCGCCGGGCGCUGGGGACCAGCCGCUGUCAUACCUCGGUGUUAACGUGCGGCGCGCGCCCACGCCCUUGCCCGGUGGCGAGGCGGCGGCGGCAGCCAGCUUCAUGCGCGGCGCCGGAGCCGGAGCCGGUGGCGGCGGCGGCGGCGGCGGCGGCUCUGCUGCUGCGUGGGAUCCCAACAGCACCCUGCAGUGGUCCAACCGCGGCAUCAGCACCCAGAAGAUGCCGCUGCUGCGGGAGGUGCUGAGCCAGUCGCCGCGGCUGGUGCGGCUGUGCCUGGGGGGCAACAAGCUGUGCAACGAGGACGUAAUGGAGCUGAUGCUGCUGUUGUCGGAGCCGUCCGCGCCCCGGGUCACGGAGCUCGACCUGGAGCAGAACACCCACCUCAGUUGGCGCUGCGCACUGCCGCUGGCGCUGGCACUGGGCAUGAGUCCGGACGCCAGCACGGCGGUGGCGGCGGACUGGGCGGCGGUGGCGGCGGCGCUGCCCCCCGGCUCCGCCGCCACCCCGGCCUCGGUGGUGCUGCCGUCGUUUGUGCCCUCGGCGCGGGAGAAGAUCCGGCGGCUGCCCCUCCAGCGCCUGGGCCUGUCGGGUGUGAAGCUGGGCGACAAGGGCGCGGCAGCGCUGGCGGAGGGCCUUCGCGCCAACAGCAGCCUGCUGGAGCUGGACCUGCAGCGGUGCGGCCUCACGGACGUGGGCGGCAGCCUGCUGUUCGAGGUGCUGGGCUCCAACAUCACCCUCCAGCGGCUGGACUGCAGCUGGAACACCCUGCGGGCGGAGAGCGGGCGGGUGCUGGAGGUGGCGCUGGCGGGCAACGCGGGGCUGCGGGAGCUGGGCCUGGCGCACAACGGGCUGGCGGACGUGGACGGCGCGCGGGUGCUCAAGGGACUGCUCAGCCACGGCAAAUGGCUGCGAGUGGACCUGACCCACAACAACCUGGGUCCGGGCGCCUGCAUGAUGGCGGCGGAGCUGUUCAGGCGACUGGGCGAGGCGGCGGCGGCGGCCGUGCGGCGGGGCGGGUACGCGGAGGCCUGGGGCCCGGGCGGCGGCGGCGGUGCGGUGGCUGUGUCUGCGGGCUCGCCGCGGCGGCUGCAGGCGCUGGCCUCGCAGCGUGCCGCCAGCUUCCUGCGGCGGGGCGGCGGCGGCGAGGGCUUGCUGGACGGCCCCGAGCGCUCCAGCGCCAGCCUGUGUGCCAGCCCCACCGGCCGCGGCGGAGGCGGCGGCGGCGACGGCUGCCACCUGGGCGGCCAGCUGGCAGUGGGUCAGCCCGCACUGCUGCUGGACGGCAACCCGCUGGGCAACACAGGGCUGCGCAUCCUGCUGUCUGGCCUGGACGCCAUGUCGCGCGGUGUGGCUGACGCCGCCGGCCUGGCGCCGCCCGCCCACUCCUCGCUGGACGGCUCGCCGCCCGGUCUGCCGCCCUCGCCGCUGGCGCUGUCCAUCGCGCACUGCAACGUGGCGCCGCCCAGCGACCGCUCCGCGGGGGCGAAUGCGGAGGAGGGGGCGGCCAACCCCUUCCUGCCCAGUAUCGCGGUGUUGUGCCGGCCGGAGGGCGCGGCAGGCGCCGGCAAGGACGGCAAGGACGGCAAGAAGAAGGCGGCCGCGGCGGCCAAGCCUGCCAAAGAGGGAAAAGACGGCAAGGGCAAGGGCAAGGGCGACAAGGGCGGCGGCGGCGAUGACGGCGGCCGGCCCCCGGUGGCGCCCCUCACACUGCAAUCGCCGCACCUGGACCUGCAGAGCCCCGCCGGCAUGUACAGCCUGGACCUGGCCCACCCCGGCACCUCCGCCCUGGUCUCCUACCUCCUGCGCCUCCGACAAACCUUGGAGGCUGCAGUCGCCGCCGGCGCCGCCCACGGCGUGGCCCUCUCCCUCGUGGACAUAACCGUCAACGGCCGACCUGUACGAACCGACGCGCUCGCCGGUCUGGUGGCGGGCUGGAGCGAGGGGCGACUGGAGCUGACGGUGCGGGCGCCGGCUCAGUUGGCGGUGGAGGCGCCGGCGCCCCUGUCUGCGGCGGUGGUGGAGUGGCUGGCUGGGCUGAUGGCGGACCCGGCGGCCUCGCCACUGUGGAAGCUGGCGGUGGUGCAGGCCGCCGGCGCGUGCUGCUACUUCACCCCGGGCCAGUGCGUGGCGCUGCUGUCGGGAUUCGACCCGCAGUCCGCCGAGUUUGUGGCGGCGGCCCAGAUGCUGUACGCGCGCAGUGUGCAGCCGCUGGCGUUCUGGCAGCAGGUGCUGCCGCGCUUCACGCCGCCGCAGGAGGAGGCGCUGAGGGCCAUGGUGGGUGACCUGAGGGCGCUGGACCUGGGCUGCCCCAUGGGCCGCUACGCGCUCAACCUGAGCCGCCAGGUGGACCGCUUCGUGGCGCUGAGGCUGCAGCUGGCCUCGGCGCUGGAGGCCUCCUGGCUGGGAUGCAGGUACUACAUCAACUGGCUAAACGCGUCGCUCAACGGCCAGCCACUGGACACGGCCGGGCUCAUGCGCAUCCGCGACUUCGCGCUGCCCGGGGCGGGCGUGCUGAGGCUGGACUACGUGUCAUACAGGAAGCCCGGUCCCGACGCCGUCCCUGCCUCCCGGGACGAGUUGGCGGAGCUUCAGGCCGUACUGCGCGGCAUCAACAUCUCCCACAUCGCCGCGGGACUGGCGGUCAGGCGGAUCGCCGACCCGCCGCCGCCGCCGCCCAAGCAGGAGCCGCCGCGCAGUGCCCACGCCUCGCGGCGCAAGCAGCAGGCGCCCGCGGCGCCGCCCAAGCCCAAGCCGCGCCUGUCAGCUCUGCAGCUGCUGCGGACGCCGCUAGAGGCAGUAGCGCUCAUCCUCGCCAAGCCCGCGCCGCCGCCGCCGCCGCAACCCGACGCCAACGGCGUCGUGGCGCCGCCGCCGCCUCCCCCCACCAGCUGGGUCUCAGCCUGCGGCUUCAGCCCCGCCCACCUCUUCCGCCGCGCCGGCAUGGUCCUGCCAGAGUGCUCAUUCAGUGGGUACGACGUGCCGCCGCGAGCGUCCACCGACGGCGAGCGGCCGUACUCAGCCAAGGCACAGAGCUUCGGGCGGCGGCCCACGCGGGACGGCUCGGCCGCGCCGGAGCGGGCGAGUGCAGCGGCGGGAGGUGGCGGCGGCGGGCCGGAGAAGGCGGCGGCCGGCGGCAAGGGGGGCAAGGUCGCGAGGGGCGACAAGGCCCGGCGGAAGAGCGGCACGGGCGGCGGCAAGGAAGGCGGCCAGGCGGACGAGGGGGCGGCGUGGCAGCGGGCCCGGGCCGAGCACCACGCCUCUCUGCUCCUGGCCGUGCACCAAGCCAAGGACCUGCCGCUGCUGGCCUGCAAGCUGGGAGCCGCGCACCUGGCCGCGGCGGUGGCCGCCAUACUGCGGGAGCCGGGCGGGCCGCGCGCGGCGGCGGCGCUGCUGGCGGCGCUGCCCCCGCUGGCGGCCGUCAAGUUCCUGUACGACCAGGCCGACCCCAGCCCCUGCCUGCUGCCGCCCGAGGUCCGCAAGACGCUGCUGGGACUCAUGCCGCUGGCUCCUGAGCGGCUCAAGUGCUACGAGGCCGCCGCCCGGGCCGCCAGUGAGGCCGCCCUGCAGCGCACACGCCGCGUGCGCACGGCGCUCAACCUGUGGGCGGCGGAGCGCUACCUGAGCGCGGAGCAGCUCACAGCCAUCCUGGGCACCCUGCACUACGAGAGCGACCGGAUCACCGCCAUGGUGGUGCUGUGGCCGCGUGUGGUGCGGGGCGGCUGGAAGAGGACGUACGAGCGCCUGUCGCCCGCGGAGCAGCGCCAGGUCAUGAUGCGCCUGGGCCACUGGCACGUGUACUCCUGUCUGGCCGACCCCCACGGCAUCGCCUUUGCGCUGGACUUGGGCGAGCCGGAGCAGAAGGACAUCGCGCGGGAGCUGGUGCGGGCGGCGGUCAAGGAGACCCUGCGGGCGAGGCAGGACGCCCGGGCGCGAGGCGGCGGCGGCGCGGCGGGCAACAUCCAGACGCUGCUGGAGCUGCGCGGCAACGGCAACCCCGUGUCCAUUCCCGAGGACGAGAAGCUGUGGACCAUGGCAGAGUCCAACUUCCGCACCCUGGACUUUCUGUACUCGCCCACCUUCGAGCAGAGCCUGGCGCAGGUGACUGCCAGCACUGUCAAGAUACAGCGCUUCUGGCAGGGCGUGCGGGCGCGGCGGCAGGCGGGGUCGCUACCCCCGCCGUCGCCCUCGGCGUUAACCGACGUGGAGGGCAUAGAGACCUCCGCGGAGCCCAGCGCCUCCGCCUGAGCAGUGGCCGCUGGUGCUGCAGACAGACAGUGCUCACACGAAACGGCCGCAGGGGGUUUGACGUAGAGAUGGGCGUGCCUCGCGCCCGCGCAACUCCUCCUCACUGCCGUCUCUGUACGAUGGACUUGUAGCUCAGGGAAUGGCUCUGGGCGGGCUGAGCGCAUGCCGUGUGGAUCCUCCCCUGUCAGUACUUCGCUGACAGCACAGCCCACGUGUGUGGUGGCUCCACUAUAAUGCAUGGCUCUGAUGCUCGGGGAAGCCGCGGCUCACGUGCAUAGGAUUAUCAAUGCAUACCAUAUGGCGUGUGGCAUGUGUUCCAUGCAUGGCGAAGAAACCGUGUCUCUUCUGCGACGAUGAUGUGGACGCAUGCGUAUGUGAUGGCCAAGAACGCUAAAGAAAUCCAAAUGCCUCCUGUGACCUGCCUUGUGCUAGUACUGCUGCUGUUGUUUCGCCAUGGUACGACGCUCGGGUUGUUUUAUGCUGGGGCGUUCGCGUGUCGCGUGGUUGUGCAGCUGCUGCUCCUACGCCAUGUUUGGCAUGGAGUGCCGGGGACGGGCGCACGUCUGUCUGUCACGGCUGUGGGCGUACCUCUGAUACGGGCCCGGCAUCCCGCGGCCUACCAGGAUGAGGGGACACGGUCACGUGGUACUACGGUGCUCUGUGGCACAUGACGUGAGUAGUAAGAUUGCCCUGAGGUGGCCCGUGCUGCAAAUGCACAAACACAAGAGAGCAUGGAAGCCCAUGUAAUCAUCAAUGCGU